CUGCACUCGAUCCCCAGGUCCCUGUCCGCUCAGGCUGUUCACCUUUUCUUCGCUUCAAGUUCUCCCAUUCCAUUAUCCACUCGCCACGAACUGCGCUGGUGCGUCUGCCGUCUCGUCGCUUGCUCAACUCUUCCUCUCCCCUCCAGAAUCCCCUUCGCCUGGUCUUUGGUCAGGUAGUCGUCUCGUCCGUCGCGCUCCCCCCUUGAUCUCGUUCGCUCGCUGUUUGAUGUCGUCUGACUGCUGCCUCCCCGGUCCCCUUCCCUUCUCGUCCGCGACCUAAUUACUAUUUCUUCACUAUUUAUCCACUUUGCCCUGUGUUCAGUCACGCCGGUACUAUUGUUCCUUACUAGUCCUUGUGGUCUAUUCAUCCCCGUCCCCGUCCCCUCUCAAUCCUGCUCUUUGUCAACAAUAAUAGACUGGGCAGCUCCUAGUUGCCCUCUUCGCCGUUUCUGCUUUCCUGCCACAAUACUUAUAUCUCUAACUACUAUUCCUCCUCGUUGUUUCUCUCUCAACCCUCUCCUCGUCUUUUCUCCUCUGCCACUCUUGAUCUCGCUUCAGCUCUCUCCCAUCUGGCUUUGGGAUAGACUCUCUCGACACUGCGGUGUUUCGCCAAAUUUGAUGUUCUCCGGUUCUGUCAUGGCACAUUCGAGCACCAUUUCGCCAUCUUCUCAACCUUUGUGAGAUCUGCAGCCACCACACACUGCCGCAAUUUCACCUUCACGGUUACCGCCUACUUUGUGCAAUUAUUAUUCACCGUUCUCACCAAUUGUCAUCGGCACCAUUAAUCACUGCCUCUCUACACCACGUCCCCUACAUAGAGACACGACUUCUUUAAUCCACACACAAACUUCUCCUCCUUUGCACGGCAACUUGUCGCCGGACACUUCUCAGCUGGUGCGGAUUGUGCAAACUGGUCCUUUGCCUGCGGCUUAAUCAUUGGAAACUAGGCCAGCGAAAUGGAGGUGGUGGAGGGAAGAAGUUCAUCCAACGAUCUGUCGAGUGCACCUCCAAGCGACGCCGAAAGCACGCCAGGGUCGCUCAGUCAUCUUACAGCAAACCACGCAGCUCGCGAUAGCGGCGCAUCCGGGAACUUUGGUGUUGCAAGUGUCGGUGCAUCUGCAGCUUCACCAGCCACACUGCAACCGGGUGCAGCCCGCCAAGACAACCGCACCGCCACACCCGCCAUGACCGUCAGCGGCGGUCUGGCUGCCAGCGCCGACCUCCCGUCGCAGCCACCGGCCAAGCGCACGUAUAAGCCACGGAAGAAGAAAGAUCCAAAUGCUCCUCCAGCUCCACCAAAAGAGAAGAAGGAACGUGCUACGAAUCGUCGUCCUCGUGGCGCCUCCACGGCUUCGAUUGGACCUCGCAAAAAGCUCAAAUUGGAGCCAGGAGAUGACAACAGCACCAUCGAAAUCAGCCGGCCCGAGAGCACGGGUUUGCAAACCUCGACAUUAGUCCAACCGGUGUUGUUCGCCUCUCACACCCUGCUUGGCGGUGCUUCCGAUGGAGCCACCAGGCCGACAGAAACGGGCGGUACGAGUUCAAUGCAUGAUUCUCCGGCGCGCGCUCAAAUGUCUUCCCAACGCCAGUAUGACUACGCUCCUUCGACGCCAACUUCCAACAAUGCCCCCGCGCCACGGUCUACCACCAUGUAUGACCCCAUCAGGUCGGUAACCAGACCCUUCGAAUCUUCCCAGCCCUCUGUAACAUCACUUCAACCCACUCUCACUCCACCGAGACCGACCUUCAACCCCAGUACGUCUCCGGCCAUAUCGGGCAUCAUUGACCACCCGACGGCACCAAGUCUCCAGCAUUCGACAACAGCGGUUAAUCAGCAAACCAAUGUAGAAACGCCAUACUACCAAAGCAAUGGCAGACCCAAGACUUCGCCCCCUGCGCCGGGGAAGUCGACCUCGAUGGAGUUGGACUCUGCUCCGUUGGAACCAGCGCAGGCCAAGAAGGCUGCAGCCCCUAAAAAGACAAUAUCUGAAGCGCCUACUCGUGCGACAUCGCCCAAACCGACUCGAGCAAAAGAGCAACCGCCUCCAGCACCGCCAGGAUCUGGUCUUCUUUCGGCCAGUCUCUUUGGCGGAGACUCGAGCAAUGAUGGAGCUACGAAGGGUUCAGGGAAAGGGCCAAAUAUUGUUCUGCAUAUUGACCUUAAGGAUCCCAACAACCGAGUCAUAAAUUUCGCACGUUUGGCGGAGGAAAAGUACGGCUUCGCUGCUCUAUACCCGCGCCAAGCUGCUCAGAAAGAGCGCCUCGCCAAAGUGGCUGCUGCCGGGGCUGCAUUGGAGCGGUCUGCGUCAGGGAGCAAGUUUGGCGGAACAUCUGGCGCCGACAGCGGUGAGGACGAUCUCAGUGUUGACAUUGAACGUGAUUCCGACCAUGACGGCGAUUUAGCGAUGUCCGGAGUCAAUGGCGGCCCAGAGGCGGCAAACAGUGGCACCGAUGCGCCCGGCUCCAAGCGUCGACGUCGAAGAAAAGUUGAAGAAUAUAAUCAAGACGAUCCAUUCAUCGAUGACAGCGAGCUACUCUGGGAGGCACAAGCAGCGGCGAGCAAGGAUGGCUUCUUUGUCUACUGUGGACCCCUGGUACCCGAGGGCGAGAAACCUGCUGUGGAACGGGCUGAUGGAACAAUCAAGCGAGGCCGCGGCCGUGGCCGAGGCGGUGGCCCUGGUUCUCGAGGUGGCCGGGCAGGGGCGGCGGCUGCUGAAGGAGGCUCAGGGCGCGGCGGAGGACCCGGCUCUCGUGGUGGUGGAGUUACUCGCAAACCUCGAAUCACCAAGAGUGAACGUGCUCAGAUGGAGAAGGAAAAGCUCCAGCGGGAGAAAAUGGCUCCUCUGGUGGCUCGACCUACGGCCUAUCCCACUUGAGCUCUCGCUUCGGUGUGCAGGCAUGUGUUGUAGUCCUGCUGCAAGCAUGGCGUGUGUGGUUGUCGUUGCGCAGCAUGCACGGACUGGUGACUGUUCAUGGACUGGAAGUGGUUGUCCAAAGCUGCCCUUGAUUCGUUGCCUACCCUAUAUCAUGGGGAGUAUUUGUAUGCUACGAGGGCGCUGGUUUUCAGUAUUGCAUGCAAAGGAUCUCAUGAUACCGGAUAGCCUAUCCGGCUGUCGCGUAAUUCCCACAUUGUGCAAUGGGUGUUUUAGACCUCCUACCACUAGUAGUAGUACAGCAUCUACCUACCUAACUUAUUAGGUGUGGUGUGCGUUGUCUACUGUAUUCUGUGUACUGCGUGGGUCACCGCUUCGAUAGAAUAAAAGGCUCAACAGUGCCAGUGAUGGCAAACAGAAGAAUAAUUUUUUGAUCUUCAG